CACCCAGAGUUGGAAUCCUUCCCCACGUACGGACGUCUGGGUACGUACGGCGGCGGUGGGUACGUGCUGCCCGUUCGAGGGUCGUCCAGCGAGAUCCUGGAGCGCCUGGACUUCCUGCAGAAGGCCGACUGGAUCGACAAGUACACCCGCGCCGUCAUGUUGGAAUUCUCCGUCUACAACGCCAACGUCAACCUCUUCGGCAUCGGCACCGUCAUGGCGGAGUUCCUGCCCGGAGGAGGCAUCAGGCCGUACUGGCGCUUCGACUCCACCCGCCUCAUUCAGCCCUGGACAGGCUUCGGCUUCUUCAUCCUGCUCAACGAGCUCGGCUUCGUGCUCGCCACAGUCUUCUUCACCUUCCGCGAGAUAUGGAAAUGCUACAAGUCCGGCUUAUUUACGUAUCUGAAAGGCUACUGGAACCUAGCGGAGAUCGCCAUCAUCUUUACGUCCUACUUGGCGAUUGGUCUCUACGUCUAUAGGCAUAUGGAGGUUUCCCGCGUCCUCAAGAUCUUCGACGAGACCUACGGCAACGGCUACGUGAGAAUGGAGUACGCAGCGCUGUUGGAUCUGUUCUACCUGUAUGCCGUGGCUGGCAUCAUUUUCUUCUCCACGCUCAAGUUCAUCAAGCUCCUCCAGUUUAACAAGCGGAUGAACCUGCUUGGUUUCACGUUCGGCCGCUGCUGGGACGAUCUCCAAGUCUUCUUCCUCACCUUCGGCAUUCUGUUCUUCGGUUUCACAACCUUGUUCUUCACCAUCUUCAACCUGCAGCUGGAGGAGUUCGCGAACUUCUUGGCCUCCGUCCAGAUGUGCUUCUCGAUGAUGCUCGGCAAAUUCAACUUUGAGGCGAUGGCUCAGGCGAACCAGGCGUCCCCUGUCAUGUUCUUCGUGUUUUCUCUGAGCACGAGCAUGAUUCUCAUCAACCUCAUGCUCACCAUCAUCAUCAAGUCUUUCACUGAGGUCAAGAACGAGCUCAAGAACAUGAAAAACAAGUACGACAUCCUGGACUUCAUUUCCUACAAGGUCAUGACGACGCUCGGGCUUCAGGAGAGGGAGAUCCUUCUUCACACAGCCGAGCCUGACAUCACAGAAACGUCACAGCAGUCAGAGACGACGAUUUCAGCCAGCGAUGAGUUCCCAAGUAAAGUCGAUUCUCUUCUGUGUUACAUCAAUGAUCUCUAUUUCAACGGGCAGCUCGACCUGAAAAACCCGGAUGGACUGAAGGCCGCAGUGGGACGAGAUUUCGCCCAUGAGCAAGACCUAACAAUCCGCAUGUCAGCAGGCUUUGACAGAUACUUUGGUAAGCUUGAAGGAGAACAAAAGGUCACCACGAAUGAAUGAAUAAAAAUAUAUAUAUACAUUUGACGCAUAAAGUUUGAUUGUUUUUCUCUCUCAAUGUAUAAUAAUUAGUAAUCAAUUGCAUAAAGAUAGCAUGUGGCUGUAGUCCAUAUAUUACUCCGUCCUUCUGUACCCAAGGUUUUUCUAGGACUGCCCUUAAGAGUAAGAGAAAGUACAGGUUUUUAUAAUCACAUUUCGAGCUUUUACUCUUGUUUGGAAAGAGAGAGAACGUGGAAUGACGUGGGACAGUUUGUCGACCUAUCAAGUCAUACUUUACUUUAGCGCCUUUUUGAGUUACGGUUGUUUUAUGUUAUGUGAUGAACGCCAAAUGUAUUCCGCACAAAGUAUAAUAUGCACUUUUAUUGUUGAUGUCUGGCUAGUGUAGUUACCUUAGUUUAUAAAGCAAAUUAAGUUGGAAAA